CCCCCCACAUCCCCCUUCUCUCGCAGAGUCACGGCACACACAUUCAACCUAAACCUAAUUCACCGCUGCCGCCGCCACGGACCUGCCCGUCGAUCUGCUCGCGCCGUCGCUGGUUCCCGCAUGGCCGGCCUCCCUUCCAAAGUCGCCGCCCCCAACCAGCGCGCACGCCCGCUGGUCCCCGUGCGCCUGGCCUCCCUUCUCUUAUCCAGCAAUCAAGGAGCAACAGCGCCGUCCGUCGCGCCAAGUAGCAGCAGCAUCGUCCACCGGCAAGGAGCAGUAGCGUGCAGCGGCUUCCGGCGUCAAGGAUCCGCCGCGCCGACUGCUGCUUAGGUGCUACCGACUGUUCUUCUUCCUCCACGGCGAUGCCUCUCGCGGUUGAUUCCCCUUGCGCCGCCUCCAGAUCUCAGCAGAUGGAUCUGUCAGUAAGUUGAAAUUCAGUGGAGCUGGUUCGGUAUUCGGUACUUUCAGUCAAUCGCAAGUUGUAGUUAUAUAUGUCAAUUACAUCCUGAUGAUAAAAUAAUAAAAGGAAAAUGUUUCAUAAAGCAAGUGGGAAUAUGUAAACUGAAUGUCAGAAAAUAUGGCAUGUAAAAGAGGAGGAAGAGAACUCCCUGCGUAUGAUGAACAAUCGAGGUCCGCAAAUAUUGCAGAAAACGAGAGGAAGAUGAGAGGUCUUAUAAAUCUGAAAAAGAAUUUAGCAUUGGGAGAAAACAGAAGGCAGAUUGCGGAAGUAGGUAGCCUAUCACAACCACCCAAGAAAAAAAAGUCAAUGAACUGCACAUGUGAAGAUAGAAAUGGAGGACAUAACCUGCGUUCAGACUAUGAAGAUGUUGAAGCUCCCAAUUACGAACCCAUACAGGAUGGCUUGGAGGAUAGUCAAGGUGAAAAUAUGAGGAGAACAAGGGGAGGAAGCAAGCUCCCUGCAUAUUACAAACAAUUGAGGCAUGCGAAUAUAGCAGAAAAUAGGAGGAAGCUGGAAGCUCUUAUAGAACUGAAAAGGAAUUUAGCAUUGGUAGAAAAUAUGAGACAUGCUGAGGAAGUAGGAAAUUAGCUAUGGGAGAAAACAAGAGUCAUCAUCGCAGAGUUUAGGGACAAAGUGAAGAAAGUACCAAGUCAACCAGUUAAUCUAAGAUCUUCCAGAUUGCUCUUGUUCAUAACAUGGUUGACACAUUUUGUUCAUAUGGAAGUUGAUGUCAGCUUGGGAUUGAAGACUUUGUCUCUUCCAUCAUAUAUUGUAGUAGUGUUCGAACAUCUGGUCUGUUAGGAACUUGGCCAUCAUAUUGUGUAACAGGCCACUGCCUAAAUGUUGACUUAUGUAUUUCCUUACUGGUUUUAACUUGAGUGAAGAAACUAGAAUCUUCUAUGUAUGUUGAAUAAAUGCAUUGAUUAAUGGUAUCUUGUGAUGAGUAUAAGAAUGCAAUUGUUUGUAUAUGUAUUGGGUACUGAACAUGAAAUGAAUAUUAUGAAUUUAAUUUCAUGUUGAUAUGGUAAA